AUGGCAGAGCUUUCUACGGACGCAUACUGGCGAGCGCCGCCCAUUGCUAGAACUGUUGCGACCGUUACCUUUGGUCUAUCCUGCGCUGUACACACAGGAGUCCUUGCCGCGGAUUUCUUCUCCUAUGACAUCCACUACUUGUUUCGGGUCCCUCCGCAAGUUUGGCGUAUCGUAACAUGCUUCUUGAUUACCUUCCCAAACCUGGGAAUCCUAUUUGACACUUUCCACAUGUACAUGUACAUGAGUCAGCUGGAGAGAGGUCAUCCGCGAUUGUCUCGACGAGAAGAUUUCGUCUGGUACUUGACUUUCGUUGGCGGAACAAUUCUGAUACUGAGUCACCUGACAGGCUUCGGGUUUGGAGUAUUGACGCAAGCACUUCUCCUUGCCAUGGCCUACACCGUAACCCAGGAGCAGCGAGGACAGCAAACGAACUACAUGUUCAUCAACAUCCCGUCCCAGCUUGUGCCGUUCGCCAUGAUGGCGAUCAACCUUUUCUUCCCCGGUGGUAUUGGCAUCGUAUUGCUGCAGCUUCAUGGACUUGCAGCGGCACACCUGUAUCUGUUCCUCAGCAAAAUCUGGCCCGAGGUCGCAGGUGGCCGGAACUGGAUUCAGACUCCUGCGUUUAUUAGUUCGUUGGUGAAUGGGGUAGCACCAGCACCAGCACCGCAACGACCAGCAGCAGCUGGAGCCAGAGUACCUGAUGCAGCAUCCGGUCGAAGCAGUGGUGCGUCUCGUGGACCAUUGCCAGACUCGUGGCGGACAAGAGGACCUGGGCAACGCCUAGGCUGA